ACUGGUUCUAUGCAAGGAUUGUUACAGCAUUAUCACUAGUGUUUUGUGCCAUUAUCUACUGUGUGGUUUACUCCCAAAGUGUCCCUAUUCAAAUCUUUGGGGGUGUCUUGGUUGCUGUAUUCUGGCAACAAAUGGCAUUUAUUGGCCACGAUGCAGGCCAUCAUGCAAUAACACACAAUGGCACUUGGGAUGAUCGCAUUGGACUUGUAGUUGGUAACUUGCUUACUGGAGUUAGCAUAGGCUGGUGGCAGAAAAGCCACAAUGCACAUCAUAUUGUCACAAACUCUAUUGAAUUUGACCCAGACAUUCAGCAUUUACCAGUCUUGGCCAUAUCAGAGAAGUACUUCAAGUCCAUUUAUUCUUUUUAUCAUCAAAGAGUAAUGCAGUAUGACAAAUUGGCCAAGUUCUUUGUCACAUACCAGCAUCACCUGUAUUUCCUCGUCAUGGGACUAGCACGGUUUAACCUUUACUUACAAAGCUUUCUUUUGGCCCUGUCUAAAGAAAAAGUCAAGAUGAGAUUCCUGGAACUCCUCACCAUGUUUUUGUUCUGGACAUGGUAUCUGUACCUAUGCAGCUAUUUACCCACCUGGACAACUCGUCUGGCGUUUGUUUUCCUGGCCCAUUUCCUUGCAGGCAUCAUUCACAUCCAGAUUACCCUGAGUCAUUUUUCAAUGGAAACACACMRUGGAAUUCCACAGGAGUCAUUUAAGAAUGACAAGUUCUUGCUGUCACAGAUGGACACCACAAUGGACAUUGAAUGUAACCCUUGGAUGGACUUUUUYCAUGGUGGUCUGCAGUUCCAGUUUGAGCACCACAUGUUCCCAAGAGUUGCCAGACAUAACCUUCGAGGGAUCCACAAUGAAAUGAAAGCUCUUUGUAAGAAACAUGGUCUACCUUUCAGGUCAAAGAGCUUCAUCGAAGCCAACAUGGAAGUCAUUGGUAAACUCAAGGAAACUUCCAUCAAGUCUGAAUCCUUUUCACAUAUGUUAUGGGAAGGUAUAAAUGCAAUAGGAUAAACGGUUUCAUUAUUCAUUUUUGACAAUAUAUAUUUCUUUCAAAACAGAGGUGUAGUGGGAGUGCAAUUCCUCUCCCAGUUAUAGAAAUAUAUUAACUGGUACCAUUUUCCGUUUUGUUUGUGUUAAGUACAAAUAAAUUGACAGUUCUUAUAAAAAGC